CGAUUUUGCAGCCUGCCGACGGCCUGGCGCCUCACCCUGGCCGCCAGCUGAGCCUGGACAAUGCGUCCAGCUACAACACCCUCAUCGUCCACGCGAAUGGUGAGGAGGGACUCGAACCUUGGGCCUCGCUCUCGCCCAACAGAUUGUCCAGUCUGCGCGACAGCUACAUUUCCGCGGCGUCGAGCCACUCGAAGGCGAGUCUGCCGUCGUCUUUGGCGUCGUCGUCACCGACUCUGUGCGGCGGCGGCGGCGGGCUGGGCGGUCUGCAGGGCGAAACGCGCGAGUUCAACGAGAUUCCGGCCGACUACCUGAGCAAGUCGCGCGUCCUCAAGCACCUGGCCAAGGAGAUGAAGCAGGACGCGAAAGGAGGCGGCUGCCGGUGCUCGACGUGUCGCCCGAGAGACACGCGCGCCUCCUGGCGCACAGGUACUCGACGCCGGCGCCGCUGCAGGGUCGGCUGGCGCUCAGCAGGUCGCAGUCCGACCUGACGCAGCAGCAGGACCAGGAGCAGAGGCCAAGCCGCGACGCCGCCUCGAACUCGGGCUGCCCGAGUCGGAAAUGGUGCAGCUGCUGGUCAACGAGACCGCCUACCUCAAGGCAGAGCUCGAGAUGUGCCUCAGGAAGGUCGCCAAGAGCCAAAAGUUGGAGGAAGAAGUGGCGAACAUUCACAGAUCUCAUCAGGAGCUGAUGCAGUCGUCGGAGCGGCGCGAAAAACUCGAACGCGCGGCAAGACAGCGGCUGCAAGAGAACAAUCGCCUCCUCAGGCAGCAGUAUGAGCUCCUUCUUGCCCAGGUGGAGCGCGGUCCUGAGGCGUCCGCGGCGGCCGAGCUGGCGAAGCGCGAGUCUGCGUUGGCAGACCAAAGAGCUGCUGGCGGGCCGCGAACGCCACGAAUUGCGGUCCAAAUUAAAGAAAAAAUCAUCGCGGGAGCUCACCUUCUCCACAGUGCGGUUCUAAAUUCUGAAAAUAAAUCGCGGAAACGGAAAAAUGUUGCUGUGGCGCUGCGCGGCGCCGCACCGUUGCGGCUCUCUGCCAGAGCCAAAUUCACUCCAAGGCGGCGAUACCGACAAAACCACGUAAAAACAGUUCUCAGGUGGUGCGACCUGAGGAAGAGUGCCGUGGUUUACAAUUAG